GUUUGAUAGUUCUCGACCUCUGUUCCUUAGCCUGCUAAACAACACAACCUUAUAAAUACCAUAGUAACAUCAGCUCAGCAACGUGACCUUUCUAAACAUUUGUUCAACAAUUUACUUUCAUUUCUCUCUCGAUACCAUCAUUUGGCGAUUUUAACACCCUUAUAUUAAUUGGCAUCUAAAAAUCUUCGUAGACCAGAAAUGGACAAGAAUGAUCAAAAUCAGACACAAGCAGGAGCAGUAGCGAAAUUCCCAUAUUCAGCUCCGCCACCGGCAGGCUACCCGACGAAAGAAGGCGAGGCACUUCCAGUGUCUUCAGGAGCAGUGGAAACACAGGCAAGAGGCGAUGGAUUUUGGAAAGGUUGUUGUGCAGCCUUGUGCUGUUGUUGCGUCCUGGAUGCCUGUUUCUGAUUUAUUACAGGAGCGGUUCUUUGUUUGUGUUAGUAUUGUAUUAGGUGUUUACAGUUUGUUGUUUCACAGAUUUGAUUUAUUUAUGCUACUCUGACUUAUAUUUUCUCUGCUUAUAA